AUGUCAAAAGUUGUCCAGUUCAUACGUUGCAAAGUGCAAGAAAAAAAGGUUAAGAAACUAGCCAAAAAAUCUGGCGUAGUUCGGGACCAAUUACCCGCUUGCCUUAAAGACCCCCACAACACUACUUUGGUUCUUCGACAAAUAAAGACGGAAAAAGAAAUGCCUGCGCUACUAUUUGACUGGAAUAUAGCAGGCUUCAACGUUCGAGGACAAACGCCAGCCGCAAUUGUGGCAAGUCUUAUCGCAAGCGGUGCGGUUGAUUACGGUAAUCUGGGUACAUUGUUCACCUUUAGAGACGGCGAUCACAUCGGGCAAUGGACUCUGAAUGUCAGAACAAACCUGCCAUGGGCUAGGCACCAGCCUGGCGUGGCGGACGUGUGUAAUUACGUUGUUCGCAUUAACAAGAUUUCUGACCAUUCAAGAACGGUCGAUUUGGAAAAUUUUACCCAUGUAUUUGCCUGA